AUGGAUCUGAAAGGAAAAGUACGAGGAGAUUCAGGACUGAAGCAGCUUUCUGAUCUACUGAAGGACCCACACUGCAGAACAAAGAUACUUAGGCUAAGUAACAGCAACAUUACAGAGCAAGGGUCUUCUGCUCUUUCGUCAGCUAUUUGUUCAAAUCCCUCACACCUGAUUGAGCUGGAUCUGAGUGAGAAUAAACUAGGAAACUCUGGAGUGAAGCAGAUCUGUGGCAUAUUGAAAAAUCCUGGUUGUGGACUACAGAAACUGGACCUUUCGUUCUGCAGUAUAACAGAACAAGGAUACACUGAUCUGGAAUCUGCUGUAAAAUCAAACAGCUCAUUGAUAGAGCUUGUCCUCAGAGGGAAUGAUCCUGGAGAGACCGGAGUGAAGAAAUUGAAUGGCAUACUUGAGGAUUCACAACAUAAACUGAGCAUACUAAGGUUUUUAAAAAGUUCUGCUGAAGAGGAUUUCUGUGCUUCUCUGACUGAAGCUCUAGGAACAAACCCUUUACUGCUGACAGAACUAGAUCUGACUGGGAAAAUACAUAGAGACUCAGCAGUAAAGCAGCUCUCUGAUAUACUGGAAGAUUUACACUGCAGAACCACAAAACUCAAGCUGAGUAACAGCAAUGUUACAGAGGAAGGCUGUGCUGCUCUAUCAGCAGCUCUUUGUUCUAAUCCAUCACACCUGAUAGAACUUGAUCUGAGUGAGAAUGUUGUAGGAAACUCUGGAGUUAAGCAUCUUUGUGAUCUACUGAACAAUCAGUACUGCAAACUGCAGAGACUGAAACUUUCAUUCUGCAGUGUAACAGAAGAAGGAUAUGCAUUUCUGGCUUCAGCUCUGAAAAACCCUGCAUUACCUCUGAUAGAGCUGGAUCUCAGAGGAAAUGACCCAGGAGACACAGGAGUGAAGAAGCUCACUGAUUCAUCUUGUUACAUAAGAACAAUAAGGCUGCUGAACAGCUCUGAUGCAGAGGAAAUCUGUACUUCUCUGACUAAAGAUCUGGGAAAAAACCCAUUACUGCUGAGAGAGCUGGAUCUGAGUGGAAAAAUACAAGGAGAUUCAGGCAUGAAGAAGCUCUCUGCUCUACUGAAGGAUUUACACUGCAGAAUCAAGAAACUGAAGCUGAAUAACAACAACAUUGGAGAGGAAGGCUGUGCUGCUCUAUCAUCAGCUAUUUACUCCAAUCCUUCACACCUGAUAGAUCUGGAUUUGAGUGAUAAUAAACUAGGAAUCCCAGGAGUGAAGCAGCUGUGUUCCUUCCUGAAUAAAACAGACUGUAAACUGCAGCAACUGAAUCUUUCAUUCUGCAGUAUAACAGAAGAAGGAUAUGCUGCUCUGGCUUCAGCUUUGAAAUCAAACCCCUCAUCACUCCUGAUUGAGUUGGAACUUAGAGGAAAUGAUCCUGGAGAAACAGGAGUGGAGCUGCUCACUAAUUUACAAAAGGAUGCAGACAGUAAACUCAAGAACAUAAGGUAA